AGACAACGAGCGACGGGGUGGAGGAGGAGGAGGAGGAGGAAGAGGAGGCAGACCAACAAGAUGGCCCCUGCUGCAGGAGCAGCCUCAGCAGCAGGUGGGAGGCCGGAGGCGGCGCUGGCGGUGGCAGCGGCGGCCGUUGUCCGGCGGCCUGGGACAGAGUCAGAGUCGACGGUGGCAUUGGCGGCGGCGGUGGCUGCCGCGGUGGUGGCGACGGCCGCGGGGACUCGGAGCUGAGAGGAGCUGCUGCUCGGACCAGCGCGGUAAUAUUUCACACUAUGUGCUGACUGUAUUUACAGAAGAUAUUUAAAAAAAAGAAAAGAUAAACUUUUUUCAAAGAUUUUGAUUCCAGUGGAAUCUUUGCUUUAGAUUUUGUGUGUGUGAGUGAAUUGUAACUCCAGAAACAAUGCCUGUACAAGCUCCACAGUGGACGGAUUUCCUCUCCUGCCCAAUUUGCACUCAGACUUUCGACGAAACAAUUCGAAAGCCCAUCAGUUUGGGUUGUGGCCAUACUGUCUGCAAGAUGUGCCUGAACAAACUCCACCGCAAGGCUUGCCCGUUUGACCAGACCACUAUCAAUACAGACAUUGAACUCCUCCCAGUAAACUCAGCAUUGCUGCAGCUAGUGGGUGCUCAGGUUCCUGAACAGCAGCCCAUUACUUUGUGUAGUGGGGUUGAAGAUACAAAGCAUUAUGAGGAAGCCAAGAAGUGUGUAGAAGAAUUAGCACUGUACCUGAAACCACUCAGCAGUGCUAGAGGAGUGGGUCUGAAUAGCACUACUCAGAGUGUUCUGAGUCGCCCAAUGCAGAGGAAGCUGGUGACUCUGGUCCACUGCCAACUAGUAGAAGAAGAAGGCAGGAUUCGUGCCAUGAGGGCAGCUCGAUCUUUAGGUGAACGAACAGUUACAGAGCUCAUUCUCCAGCACCAGAAUCCUCAGCAACUCUCUUCCAAUCUUUGGGCAGCAGUCAGAGCUAGAGGCUGCCAGUUCCUUGGACCAGCAAUGCAGGAGGAAGCUCUAAAGCUGGUUCUCCUGGCCUUAGAAGAUGGUUCUGCUUUGUCAAGAAAAGUAUUGGUUCUCUUUGUGGUGCAAAGGUUGGAGCCACGGUUUCCUCAAGCCUCUAAAACUAGCAUUGGGCAUGUUGUCCAGCUCCUUUAUAGAGCCUCCUGCUUCAAGGUCACCAAGCGUGAUGAAGACUCUUCUUUGAUGCAGCUGAAAGAAGAAUUUAGAACGUAUGAAGCUCUGCGGCGAGAACAUGACUCCCAGAUAGUGCAGAUUGCUAUGGAAGCAGGCUUACGAAUUGCACCAGACCAGUGGUCCUCUUUGCUUUAUGGGGACCAGUCUCACAAAUCUCAUAUGCAGUCCAUUAUUGACAAGUUGCAGACCCCAGCCUCUUUUGCACAAAGUGUUCAGGAACUAACAAUUGCUCUCCAGAGGACUGGAGAUCCAGCAAACUUGAAUCGACUAAGACCCCAUUUGGAGCUAUUAGCAAACAUUGACCCUAGUCCAGAUGCUCCUCCUCCUACUUGGGAACAGCUAGAAAAUGGGCUGGUUGCUGUGCGUACAGUGGUACACGGGUUGGUUGAUUAUAUCCAGAAUCACAGCAAAAAAGGAGCAGAUCAACAGCAGCCUCCACAGCAUAGCAAAUAUAAAACAUACAUGUGUCGAGACAUGAAGCAGAGAGGAGGAUGCCCUCGUGGGGCCAGCUGUACAUUUGCACACUCACAGGAGGAACUGGAAAAGUUUCGUAAAAUGAACAAACGUCUGGUUCCCAGAAGACCCCUGAGUGCCUCUUUGGGUCAACUUAAUGAGGUGGGCCUGCCUUCAACAGCUAUCCUUCCGGAUGAAGGUGCAGUGGAUCUGCCUAGCAGAAAAACCCCUGCUCUGCCAAAUGGAAUUGUAUCAGCAGGGAAUACAGUAACACAGCUGAUUCCACGAGGGACAGACCCCAGCUACGAUUCUAGUCUGAAACCAGGAAAGAUAGAUCACCUGAGCAGUAGUGCCCCUGGAUCCCCUCCUGACCUGCUAGAAUCUGUCCCUAAGAGUAUUUCUGCCUUGCCUGUUAAUCCACAUCCUGUACCUCCAAGAGGGCCAACAGACCUGCCCCCUAUGCCUGUCACCAAAUCACUUCAGAUGGUACCACGAGGUUCUCAGUUAUAUCCAGCACAACAGGCAGAUGUUUAUUACCAGGAUCCUCGAGGAGCUGCUCCACCAUUUGAACCAGCACCUUAUCAGCAGGGUAUGUACUAUCCUCCACCACCACAAUGUGUGUCCCGCUUUGUCCGACCUCCACCAUCUGCUCCUGAACCUGGUCCUCCCUACUUGGAUCAUUAUCCACCGUACCUCCAAGAUCGUGUAGUAAACUCUCAAUAUGGCACACAGCCACAACAGUACCCACCUAUGUACCCACCACACUAUGAUGGCCGUCGAGUAUACCCUGCUCAGUCUUAUACAAGAGAGGAGAUUUUCCGAGAAAGUCCUAUACCCAUUGAGAUUCCACCUGCAGCAGUACCAUCCUAUGUACCAGAAUCCAGAGAAAGAUACCAACAGAUGGAGGGUUACUAUCCAGUGGCUCCCCACCCAACUCAGAUCAGACCUUCGUACAACAGAGAGCCUCCUUACAGCCGGCUUCCUCCCCCUCCCCAGCCCCAUCCUAGUCUAGAUGAGCUACAUCGAAGACGGAAGGAAAUAAUGGCACAACUAGAGGAAAGGAAGGUUAUCUCUCCACCUCCUUUUGCACCUUCACCAACAUUGCCUCCUGCCUUCCAACAAGAGGAAUUUUUGGAUGAAGACUUGAAGGUAGCUGGGAAAUACAAAGGAAAUGAUUAUAGCCAGUACUCACCCUGGUCAUGUGACACAAUCGGCUCCUACAUUGGAACCAAAGAUGCAAAACCCAAAGAUGUUGUGGCAGCAGGGAGUGUGGAAAUGAUGAAUGUGGAGAGUAAAGGAAUGAGAGACCAGCGAUUGGACCUUCAGAGAAGAGCAGCAGAAACCAGUGAUGAUGACCUCAUCCCAUUUGGAGACCGACCAACAGUAUCUCGAUUUGGUGCCAUUUCUCGAACUUCCAAAACAAUAUAUCAGGGUGCUGGCCCAAUGCAGGCUAUGGCACCUCAGGGAGCUCCCACAAAAUCUAUUAACAUUUCAGAUUAUGGUCCGUAUGGAGCCCACAGUGGCUGGGGAGGUUCUCCAUAUUCACCUCAUCAAAACAUACCUUCUCAGGGACACUUCAGUGAGAGGGAGAGAAUAUCUAUGUCAGAAGUGGCCAGUCAUGGAAAACCCCUUCCAUCUGCUGAGAGGGAACAGCUACGACUAGAAUUGCAGCAAUUAAACCAACAAAUUAGCCAACAGACCCAGCUACGUGGACUAGAGGCUGUCGGUAGCAGGCUGGCGCUGCAGAGGGAGGCGAGCGCCUUGGCAGGCCAAUCACAGCCCCCACCGCCGCCGCCGCCCCCACCGAAGUGGCCUGGAGCGCCCUCAAGUGAGCAGCUGAGCUUGGAACUGCACCAGGUGGAAAGGGAAAUCGGGAAGAGAACCCGGGAACUGAGCAUGGAGAACCAGUGUUCUCUGGAUAUGAAAAGCAAAUUGAAUGCAAGUAAGCAAGCAGAAAAUGGACAACCAGAACCACAAAAUAAGGUUCCAGCUGAGGACCUUACAUUGACAUUCAGUGAUGUGCCGAAUGGAUCAGCCUUGACACAAGAGAACAUCGGCCUCCUAUCAAACAAGACCAACUCUCUGAACCUGUCAGAGGACCCUGAGGGAGGAGGGGACAGUAAUGACUCCCAGAGAUCAGGAGUUACAUCCAGUUCUGCUCCCUAAAACAUGAGGAGUCCUACUUUUAUCUUCUGUUCCUAACCAAUUUGUGGGGCGUAGGGGUAGGAGAACAGAUAGCUUCUAAACAUUUUCUCUGAGAGUGGUCAGAGAAAUCCAGGAAAAGCACCGGAGGCAAUGUGCACAAACACCACUACUAAAAACAAACCCUGCACAUAGUUCACAAUAAUGCAUUUUUUAAUUUAAAAGAAAAAGAAAAAGAAAAUUAGCAGUAUCUGCAAGCAAUUCAGAUUAAAUUUGUUUUUGUUCUGUGAAUGAACUUUAUUUUAAUAACUUUGGACGCCUUGGAUCCAGGGCUUUAAAAAAAAGAAGAAGAUAUUAUAUAUACACUCUGUUUGAUUAAUUGUAUGAUCUUAAUGAAGUAGGUUUUUCUUGUAUUUUGGUAUUAUUACAUACCCAGUGUGUAUAAUUCCUUACCCCCAAUCCUUUCCAACUCUCACAACCCCAUAAAUUACAACAGACAAAAAGCACUGGCCUUUCUGAGAAUUCUGUGGUGCUUGAGAAAUAGACAGUAAUAGACUAGUUAUUAGAAAAUGUGCAGCACACCAACUUUCUAAGAGCUGUUAUUUAGAAACCAUAAUCUGCUUUCUCUUUCUGGGUCACUAGCUUCAUGUGUAGGUAGGUUUUUCAUAUGGUAUUAAAACUUUUUGUAGUUAUUGU